ACGUCCUACGUAAGGUGUACGUAAGUUGUACGCGUACGCUGUGUCAAAGUUAGCUUACAGUUACGAGUUAGCUUUAACACUGACUGCUGGUUUUAUCAGUCAGUCUUGAACACCCAGUUAUCUGCUGUAUCUCUACAAUACGAUAUUAUAUUUCAAGUACCAAAGACUCUUUCUGUUUAGAUUCCAAUCCGCUUUUACAGGAUCACUGUGAGCCGUUAGCCAGGCGAGCUAACAGGACCACCACAAUGGAGGGCAGCGCCAGCGUGAGAAAGUCUCUGUCCGGGACUCUCGUUCCUUCUGCGGUCACCACAGUGGCUCUCUUACAACAACCAGAGGAGACAGACAAUGAGAAACCGAAGAGGAAAGUCCUCGAUGAAGAGGACUACAUUGAGAAUUUAGAGAAGAUCAUCCAGAGAGAUUUCUUCCCAGAUGUGACCAAACUGCAGGCGCAGAAAGAUUAUCUUGAUGCAGAGGAAACUGGUGACCUAGAGAGGAUGAGAGAGAUAUCCAUCCGAUACGGGUCGUCUUUGACAAAAUCAACACCACGCUCUUCUGCACCCUAUGUGACACCAGCUAGCUUUGAGACACCAGUGGGCCGUACGGGGUCUCCCUCCUCAACUCAUGGCGGUAAAGGAUUAGAUGGAGAAAGCAAAGAAGACGAAAAGGAAGAGAAAGAGCUUCCUUCUCUGGAUCGCUUCCUCGCGAAAAACACAAGUGAGGAUAACGCAUCCUUUGAGCAGAUAAUGGAGCUGGCAAGAGACAAGGAGAUGCUGAAGCAUUCCUGGUUGUACGAGGCUGAGGAUGAAUACAAACAGCGUCAUGAGGAGAACCUCGCCUUACCUUCAGCAGAGAAAGCAGCACUGGAAUGUGUCAAAGCUGGACUUGAGACAUGGGAGUACAAAGCAAAGAACGCCUUGAUGUAUUAUCCAGAAGGUGUUAAAGACGAUGAUGCUUUAUUUAAGAAGCCGCGGGAGGUAAUUCACAAGAACACGCGCUUUUCAAGUGACCCAUUCAGCAAGGCGCUCAACAAGAGUCAGAUUCAGCAGGCUGCAGCCCUCAAUGCACAGUUCAAACAAGGCAAAGUCGGGCCUGAUGGGAAAGAGCUUAUCCCACAUGAAUCCCCAACAGUGAAUGGAUAUGGUUUUGAAACAAUGCCUUCCCCUGCACCUGGCAUCGCUGAGUCUCCUCUGAUGACCUGGGGUGAGAUUGAAAGCACCCCCUUCCGUCUGGAUGGAUCAGACACCCCAUAUGUUGAGAGAAAUCACGGCCCUUCGUUUAAGAUUCCAGAGCCAGGAAGACGAGAGAGGCUGGGUUUGAAGAUGGCCAACGAAGCAGCCGCUAAGAAUCGUGCAAAGAAACAGGAAGCCUUGCGGAAGGUUACAGAGAAUCUUGCAAGUCUUACGCCAAAAGGUCUGAGCCCCGCCCUCUCCCCCGCCCUGCAGAGACUCGUAAAUCGAACAUCAAACAAAUACACGGACAAAGCGCUACGAGCGAGUUACACUCCAUCACCCUCGCACAGAGCAUCCGGCUGCAAGACCCCCUUAGGUGACCUGUCCACUCCGUCAGGAACACCAACACCGAACAAAGCCAAGACGCCGAGCUCUCAGGACCUCACAUCACUCACAGACAAUCUGCUCCAACUGCCCAAGAGACGAAAAGCCGCAGACUAUUUCUGAGGAGCAGAAGCCGAUCACUGCUGAGAUUGUACAAAACAGACUCAUUAUGAUGCGGAGAACUCGAUUAUGAACUCUACAGACCCAGAUUUACUCAAAUUAUUGAGCACAUCUUUCAUCUGGAGGUCUGGAUGAAGACUUGUACAAAGACUGAAUUUCUGGAUUUAUUUGUUACAUUUUUGUGAAGACAGAUUUGUAAAGAUUCAUGUGAAAUACAAUUCAGUGUCCAAACUCUAUUUAAUAACUUUGUUUUAUUUUUUUUUUAUAUUUCAUUUUAUGCCAAACAUAAGGCUUUAUAGACGUUGGUACAGCAGUACCCCUGCAGGGUAUGCUUCAUUAUAAUAUCAUUAAAAUGCAAAAGCUGCUUCCAAGAAGCAAACAUUCAAAUGAUGUCUCUACACAAUAUCCUGUAUCUGUUGCCCACUUCUUAACACAUGCUGCCAUAGACUUUUAGUGACUUAAUGUUACAUGUUUGGUUAACUUGCAACAGAUUCCCCCCUAAUAACACCAUAUUGUUAUUACAAAUAUUACAAUCAGGGCAUCAUUUUGGAAGCUUGCAGUUGCCAACGUAAAUGAUGAAUGUUGUUUUUUGCCCUACUGCCCAGACUUAAUGUUCAAGAUGUUCACAGAAAAUUGAGCUAAUUGGUCUUUAAAGCGUUAGAUACUAUGUAUCACCUUGUCAUAGUUCUUUUUGUCCUCCAGCUGAUACACUAAAAAAGUAAGAACUUUAUUAUUUUCGUUUGUUUUUUUGAAAGGGUUCACAUUUUCAGAUGGAGUCUGACAGCCUUUCUUCGACAGCUAAACUCAUCACUCUGUCUUCUGUUGUGUUAUGUUCCUUUUUUUGAGCCCAAGAGGUCACAGGGUCCCCUAAGACCAGAUUUAUUAAUAGAUGAGCUCAUCCUCGAGUAAACACAAAGUCAAAACAGGCGCAGCAGCUUGAUUUACAACUUGACCUCUUCUGCAGGAGGGUCAUAGGUCAGUGUGUUCAUAACCAGGGAUGUGAUUCAUAGGCUGGGUCAGACAUCGAUUUGAUUUAGAUUAGGUUAUAACUCAUCCAAAGCUUAGUUUCUACUGUAUCACAUUUUAGUAUUAUUUUUUAAAUGGCAUGUUUGUUUUUUGUAAGACAGUGUGACAACUUUUAAAGGCAGUUAAAACAUGUUUCCAUUUUAAAAUUGUCAAACAGUCAUAAGCACAUCUGUUCAUUACUUUAGUUGGUGUUCCCCACAGUGUGUGUUGUAUACUGUACUUAAAGGUACUGUGUGGAAUUAUAAGCGGCAUCUAGCAGAACAGACUUGGUCAAAGUGGAAUAUAAUAUAUCUAGUAUAUUGGUUGGUUGGUGCAUAAUCACCUGAAUAUUAAACUGUUUGGUUUUUGUUAA